ACGUAAACGUAAAUGACAAAACAGAUGACGUAUCACAUUGCAUCCGUGUAGAGUCGUAAAGAUGGCGGAAGUAGAUGAAGCCAACAAACCUUUGUUUGCCGGCCUGUCAGAUGUCUCCAUAUCUGAGGAUAUUCCCGUGGAGGGGGACAUUACUGUGCCUAUGGCCUCCAGUAGUGCCGAUGAUGAAUUUUCCACCCUGGAUGAACCGGUCAAAGACACCAUCUUGAGGGAUUUGAAAGCUGUGGGGAACAAGUUUGUUCACGUCAUGUACCCAAAGAAGAGCUCAGCCCUCCUCCGAGACUGGGACUUGUGGGGACCUCUGUUGCUGUGUGUCACUCUUGCUCUACUGUUGCAAGGAGGCUCAGCAGAUAGCAAAGAGGACGGAGGGCCCCAGUUUGCUGAAGUUUUUGUCAUAAUCUGGUUCGGCUCUGUUAUUAUCACACUCAACUCCAAACUUCUUGGAGGCACCAUAUCGUUCUUCCAGAGUCUCUGUGUGCUGGGCUACUGUAUCCUACCUCUGACUGUGGCCAUGCUUGUGUGCCGACUUGUUCUGUUGCUGGUGUCAGCGGCAACAGCCAGCUUCGUUGUCCGGCUCGUCAUUGUGACCGCCUCCUUCGGCUGGUCAACAUUUGCUUCCACCGCCUUCCUGGCUGACAGCCAGCCCCCCAACCGAAAAGCCCUGGUGGUGUACCCUGUCUUCCUCUUCUACUUUGUGAUCGGCUGGAUGAUCCUGACGUUCUCACCGUCUUCGUAAGAAAACAGAACCAUGUGUGCGUGUGUGUAUAAGUGUGUGGUAUAUGGCCUACACACAAGGACACGCUCCAUGUACGCCUCUCUUCCUCUCUCUGGCCUCAGCCCCACCAGCACCACCACCGCCGCCACCGCUGCUCCUCUUCGCAGCACCCCAUUGGUCAGCGGGUGUGUUCCAUUGAUCAUCAUUGGUCAGAAGCGACUGGCGUGUUGAGUGCGGCGGACCAGGAAAUGAGCAGUGAUGCAUGUUCCUUACUCCAAAUGAGGGAAUGUAGGGGGGCGCAGGCCAUAGUUAAAACCAGCUUUAUAGACAGACUCACUCGUCUCACUCGAAUGUCAUUCCUACUUUUCACUGUCUCCCUCCCUGAACUUUGCUCGGUUGCUUGGUUGCAUCAUGACUAUGGCAGGGCGGGGAUGUACCCGCGGAGGUGAACACUGGCUUGUGUCUUUGAAGGGAUUUUUUUAUUUUUUUUGGCCCUGAUAUCCUUAUCUAAUCCUAUUACUGGGUAUGUGAGAGAACACUUCUCUGAUGUGCAGAUUAAAUGGCAUUGCUCACUAAAUUUGUGUGUGUGUGUGUGUGUGUGUGUGUGUGUGUGUGUGUGUGUGUGUGUGUGUGUGUGUGUGGGGUCUUUGAGCAUGCACCCCCCCCCAUAAGAUUCAUAAGAUGGACCACCGAUAUGGAGGAUGGAGAUUCACACAAACACACACAGUCAUACACACCACAGUAGUGCACCUCAUGCUGUGCAUCAGUAUGGGUCAAACCACAUGAGCACCUCCCUGUGGUGCAUUGAUUGAUUGUGUGUGUGUGUGUGUGUGUGUGUGUGUGUGUGUGUGCGCGCAAGUGCCUAGCCAUUGGAGGGUUGCUGUGAUUGUCUCGAGGGAUUUUUUCUGAUUGAGCAUUCUAUAGUAUAGAAUGUGACACACACACACACACACACACACAGAGAAAGAAACAUCCUCAUACUGUGCAACCUCACAUGUGCAUCUGUGUGGGUGCGUGUGUAUGUAUGGACCCAGUAUACCUUACUUAGUGCCUCUCUGUGGGUGAUAUUUUGUUUCGAUGGAAGGUUUAUUGAUGAUUUUUGUUUUUAUUUCUGUUUUUAUUAAAUCAAAAAUGAAACUGACAAUUUCUAGUAAUAGCUAACACAUUUGAUUGUGUUGCUUGGUGGUCAUCAUAGUGUUUAACAUUUAACAUUUAGUAUUAACUUGUCGAUGAUUUUCAUUUCUUAUGCUUCAUUUUCUCUUUUUGUUUAGUUUAUGGAUGUUAAAUUUAAUAUUUAUUUCCACAUUUGUGCACAGCAAUUGGAGAAAGUUUUUUUUCCAGAACACGUAUGCCUAAUGUGACAUAAUUAAAAUGUGAUAAAGGUGAAUUUCUCUCCAA